CACGUCACUCUGAAGGUGGCAGCGCAAAGGGUGCGUUGCGUUGCGUUGCGUUGCGUUGUGUUAGCUGUACAGAGCAGACAGAGCACGCAGGGUACGUACCUCGGUGGGUAGGUUCCCCGUUGGAGGCGUGUGGCUGAUUGGAUGUGUGGGGGGGAAAGGGAAAGGGAGGUCUGUGCCGGCGCGCGCGCGACAUUAACAGCCGAAAGCUUUCUGAAGAUUGCAAAGGCCCUCCCGCCGUGCGACUUUCCACCUCCGCGGCCGACGUCGACUCUACUCCCUGGAAGCCCGACCGCCCUCUCGGUCUCUAGAGCUCUCAAAAUGGCGCGAAAUUCGGAAAAGGCGCAGAGCAUGCUCUUUCGCUUCCGCGAAGCACAAGCAGCAGACCUGGGCAUCAUCGACAUCGGCCGGACAAGGCGACCGAGAGUCAUCACCGAAGUCGACUCGAUACCCUCUUGCGAAAAAUGGCGUGGCCAGGUGCUGAAGGAGAUCUCGCGCAAGGUCUCCAAAAUCCAAGACACGGCACUGAGCGACUAUCAGAUCCGCGACCUCAACGACGAGAUCAACAAGCUCAUGCGGGAGAAGUACAUGUGGGAGGUGCAAAUACGAAACCUCGGCGGUCCGAACUACAUGCGCGGGGGCGGCAAGAUUUACGACGAGCAAGGCCGAGAGAUACCGGGAGGCGGCAAGGGGUACCGCUACUUUGGACGAGCGAGAGACCUCCCCGGCGUCAAAGAGCUAUUCGAAGCGGCCAAGGCCAAGGCGACGGACGAGAAGCCCCUGGAAACGAGAGACGACUUGCGGAAACAGGUCGACGCCGCCUACUACGGCUACGCACCAGACGAGGAGGAUCAGGAACUGCUCGCGUACGAGCUAGCCAAGGAAGAGGAAGCGUUCGAGCACAUGGCCAAGACAGGCAAGCAGCAGCCGCCGCCCGACUGGGAGCCAUUGCCGGGCGACACGGGGGAUGGAAAGGGCUGGGAGUUGCCGACGCUGGAAGAGGUGCAGGAGGAGCUGAUCAACAGGCGGCGGCAGAAGCUGCUGGACCAAUUAUAGCAGCCAAGUCGUACGCUGGCUUUCCGCGUACGAUAAUCACUGCCUCAAUAUUUUCCGGAGGGAAAAUGCUCGCUUUUGGAACGCUGCACGGCUGCUGUAUCAUAUUUCAACGUUGGGAGUUCAGUCAUGGCCCUGUGAUGACGGCCGGCGUUCUAGGAUGGCUUACGGUUAAUCGAAUACCAAAAAUGAUAUUUGUCGCCAACUUGGAGCGGAAUCAUACCAUACGCAUCAAAUUGGUCUAAUUACUGCUUGUCCCGAACAUGGACGGUAGCGGAGCUGCUUCACACUGUUUGAUGAUAUUCGGGCCUCAGAUGGAUGAGUUGGGCCUGGUGGGCUCGGUGAGCGGGCCGAUAAGAUAAGGCGCCACGUGACCGUCGCGAACUUGAAUUCGAGCUUCGAAGCUCGACUUUUUGAUGACACGACC